UUUUUAUUAUUAAUUUAACAAUUGAAAAAAAAAUGUCAACAUAUUCUUUACCAAGUCUUUUUGAAGUAAUGAAUUAUUCAUAUCCAUUUGAUCAUCCUUCUAGUGCCUUUCAACGUGUCAGUUCUCCUCCUGAAUUGUUACAUGAUAGUGAAGAUGACGGUGAUUCUUUAUCCACUUCUCCUUCUUUACAACAACAUGAUUUAUAUGAUGAUCAUCCAAGACGAAAAUCCAUGCCUCAUCGAUCUCCUUCUGUGAUUCAAGAUGCUUUUCAAGCAAGUGCUUUGGAUAAAAGUGUUGUAUUUCAAUGGGAUACUACUUUACAACAAACAAUCGAAUCUCAUGUACAAUCUAAAGUCAUUUGUGGUGAAUCCUUAUUGUCCGCUUUACGUCAUCGAGUAGCUAUGGCCAGACAACAAGAUUUACCAAUCAAGAAACGUAUUAUUCAUCAACCAAGACGUCAAUUGACAGCUACUUGUAUCGCCUUGCCAACACAUCAUCAACCUAUUACUAAACAUAAAAUGUCAAUUCCUGUUCUUACCAAUCAUCCUGUCAUACCAACAACAACUGAUACCGCAUCUAAACUCACUGUACCAAAACAACGUGGUCGAAAACCAUUACAACAAAAUCGUCAUACUUCUUCAGGUAGACCUUCUCGUGUGAAAGGUCCAUGUCAAGCUUGUCAAGAAACAUCUGAUGGUUGUAUGAGAAAAGCUUUCAAUUGGCCUUUCCCUGCUAGUCAAAUCUUUAAUGAUAAAGGAAAACCUUUUGUUUAUCUUUGUAAUAAAUGUGGAUUAAGAUAUAAUAAAAGUGGUGGAUGUGUUUGUCAUCAUUGUCGUUGGGUAUUUUGUAAAGAAGAAAAACGAAAAGCUAUGCAAUAUAUCGACAAGAUGCGAAGAAAUCGACCUGAUGGACAUGUGGAUCCAGAUGAAGACAUUGAAAACUUUGUAUGUAGUCCCAAAUAUUGGUCAUGUGGCCGGCCCUGGAAAGUAGGCUGGGUCCUUACUCCCCAUCAAGAUGCUGCAUCUGAAGAUGAUGAAGAUAUGGAUGAUUCUACUUCUACUUCCUUUCCUAUUUCCCCUUCACUCUAGAUCCCCCCAAUUUUUUUUUAUAUAGUUUGUUUUUUUUUUUUUUGUUUUGUAUUUAUUUAUGUUAGAUAGUACUUUUUUUUGGGUUCUUUUUUUUUAUUUUUUUAUUUUUAUUUUUUUUGUAUGUGUG